ACUGUCGAUUGUCGAUCCUCGUUUGUUAGAGUCGGUCCGACUGUCCGAGCCUCCUGUCUAGUAGUGAUGCGGAGGAGGCUGUGAGUGUUGGUUGUUUGCCGAUUUGGGACUGUUUUUCGUCACUACAGCGUGCCAGAUUUGCGAAACCCGGAUUUUCAAUGAAAAAGUGAUUGGCGAUCGUGAAAAAAGACUGAGAUGAGACGAAAUGUCAAAGUACUGGUGCUUCUGUCCAUGGCAUGGAUGUUUGUGGUCGUUUAUUACCUUCAAAGCAGCAGAGACUUGAAGUCGGAAAACAAGGCCCUGCGCCUCAAGGACGCCGCCACGAUGACAUCGUACGCCGCGGCCGAGGAAAGCGCCCCCGGCCCUGCUGUCCCCAUGGCCCUGAAGGGCUUGCCGAGCUACGAGACGGCCGACAGCCGGCUGGCGUGGACCUACUUCGACGAAAGGGCCUACGUGGCCGGUGGGAGGCUGAAGGGGGGCGAGGACCCCUACGCGAGGAACAGGUUCAACCAGCUGGCCAGCGACGGCUUGCCGAGCAACAGGGACAUCCCCGAUACUCGGAACGCCAUGUGUCGAAAAAAGUCUUGGAAUACUGAAGAUCUCCCUGCAACAUCUGUGAUAAUAACCUUCCAUAACGAAGCGAGAUCCACCCUCCUAAGGACGGUAGUUAGCGUUUUGAAUAGAAGUCCAGAACAUCUUAUAAAGGAAAUCAUUCUGGUAGAUGAUUUCAGUGAUAGUGCUUCCGAUGGAGAAGAACUGGCUAAGAUCCAGAAAGUUCGUGUUUUGAGAAACGAUAAAAGAGAAGGACUAAUGAGGUCCAGAGUGAAGGGUGCUGAUGCUGCGACUGCGUCCGUUUUGACGUUCUUGGAUAGUCAUUGUGAAUGCAACGCCAACUGGUUGGAACCGCUGUUGGAAAGAGUAGUAGAAGACCCAUCUCGUGUCGUAUGUCCUGUGAUAGAUGUCAUCAGUAUGGACACUUUCCAAUACAUCGGAGCCUCCUCAGACUUGAGAGGUGGAUUUGACUGGAAUCUUGUCUUCAAAUGGGAGUAUCUGAGCUACGCGGAGCGAGAAGCUAGACAAAGAGAUCCAACACAAUCCAUACGAACGCCUAUGAUUGCUGGAGGCCUUUUUGUCAUCGACAAAGCAUACUUUGAUAAGCUUGGAAAAUAUGACAUGAAAAUGGAUGUUUGGGGUGGAGAAAAUCUGGAGAUUUCGUUCAGGGUAUGGCAAUGUGGAGGCAGUCUGGAAAUAGUACCAUGCAGUAGGGUGGGACACGUUUUCCGAAAGAGGCACCCUUACACUUUCCCUGGCGGAAGUGGGAAUGUCUUUGCAAGAAAUACCAGACGUGCUGCAGAAGUUUGGAUGGAUGAAUACAAAAAUUAUUACUAUGCUUCUGUUCCAUUAGCGAAAAAUGUGCCUUUUGGAGACAUAAGCGACCGACUGGCCCUGAAAUCCCAGCUCCACUGUAAGCCCUUCAAGUGGUACCUGCAGCACGUCUACCCCGAGCUGUCCGUGCCUAGGGCGGCCUCUGCCGACGCCGCGGGCGAGCUUCGGCAGGGCGCUUUCUGCCUCGACACGGUCGGCCACCUGUUGGACGGCUCGGUCGCCCUCUACCAGUGCCACGGCUCGGGCGGCAACCAGCAGUGGGCGCUGACCAGUGCCGGGCUGAUCAGGCACCACGAUUUGUGUCUCAGUCUGCAGAACUACCUCAAAGGUUCGCAGGUAGUGAUGCGAAUUUGCGAUGGCUCAGAAAACCAGAAAUGGCACAUAAUCGAGCCAGGCGGUCUUCUGAGGCACUCGAAGUACCCUCUUUGCUUAGACUCCCGGUACACCGAUGUCAGAGGCAUCACAGCCGAAAGAUGCAAUAGUAUUUUAGAGUCACAAAGGUGGCAACUCAACGGUAGAGUAUCAUCGUCUUGAAAAGUAGUACACGCCCAGAAGAAAGAAAAAAUGGCUUUUGAAUGAUUUGGUGAGAUACUUAUAUUUCGAAUUUUCUUAUUCUGAAAUGAGCAAGUACCUUCUCAUUUCGGGAUGUGCUAUAUGCUAUCUUCAGUUUUUUUUAUAUUUAUCAUUGUGUAUGCUGAAGCCAAUUGUUUUGUAAGACUGAUACUAUUAUAAACCCUUUCAACUUCGAAUCAAAACAAUUUUCAAAUUGUGUAUAAUCAAUUUCAACUUGGGAUUAUAUUCACUAAUCGAUCAGACAACUUUUCAAAAUAGAACUAAACAAAGUAACACAUGGAAACUGAACAUCAACAUAUAAUUAUUAGAAUUAAAAUUCAUCAAUUUCAAAUUUGGAAGCAUUUCAGUUAAUUGUAUUGUUACGUUAUUCGGGUGCAGAAGCGAACACGGCACUAUUUAUUUUCGAACUGAUUUAUUUUACCUGAAGGAACACUAAUUUAUAUCGAACUUAUAACUACUAUUUAUGUAAAAUGAUUUAUAUCACGCGGUAUAUGACUGUCUCUCUGACACUCGCUGCUUGACUGACUGACGGCAGUUGUCUGGCCAUCCUUAUAUAUCAGAUCCCUUGGCAGGCUUUGCUUCUCGAACGUUCUCGAAUGAUCUUCCGUACCCUUCUUUUGUUCUAGCAGCUUCUAGAACAAUAUCUCUCUCUCUAAUUUUUCCAUCGAUUGUUUCGAGCUGAUUCCAGAUUCUUCUGUCAGGUUAUGUGUCGGAAAUACGCUGGUACAUGUAAGAAUCAUUGGGAUGUUCGGGAGUGAUCUGGGACGCGUGGUACUGGGUGAUGGUUGUACCCCUGCCUUCCUGAUGACCAAGUCUAGACACACCGAAGGCUCAUCAUCAAAUUUGGGGGUUUAUUGGAAAUGAUUACAGGGAUAUAGGGUGUUCAAAAUCGAGAUUUUUCAACUUUAGGAUUUGUUUGUGUCGAAACUAUUCAUUAUCGGCCGAAACGGCUCACAUGUCCCUAUCUCAACUUUUGAUUUACUAUUCAUUGAUAUUUAAUCGGAACAGAAACAUGGUGAUCAGAAUUCUGAAUCUUGAACCACCCUGUAUCUGUUCCGAUUAAAUAUCAGUAGAUAGUGAAUCAA